GCAGGAUCACGCCCAAGCAACCAUAAACCUUUGUAGAUAAGUGCACAACACCCUUCUUUCUGCUAUUACAAGUGGGAUAUUUCAUGGGCCUAUCAUUUCUAUUUACUAGCAAUUAUGCAGUCUCUCCUUGUGUUAACACUCUUCGCGUUAUCUGCGAGCGUCAAGUGCGUCAACUUUGCCUUCGAAGAAGAGCAGCUUGCAGAUGCAGAGAUUGGGGAUUUUCCAGCCAUCGCCUUUGGAAACUCUUCAGUCGCGGCCUCUCUUGAUGAUGAACCAGAGUGUAGAGAGUAUCCGGGCAGCGACGGCUGGCCCCUAGAGGAAGAGUGGUCGCGGCUGAACCAAUCUCUAGGAGGCGCCUUGAUCAAAGGGGUUCCACCCGCGGCGGUAUGUUACGAUGGGCCGUAUAGAGAUGCGGAUGCGUGUAUGUUCCUCAUCCGGAAUUCCAGCAUGAACCGUUUUUAUAUAGACAACCCGGUCACCGUGUUGAGCGAAUGGGGUGAGGGCGAUACCUGCCACGCGACGCUUCAGCCGCAAGAUGGCGAUAACUGCACACAGGGUGCCUUUCCUGUCUUCGUCAUCAAUGCUACAACUACGAGGCAGAUUCAGAUCGGCGUCAACUUCGCUAGGAAUAGGAACCUAAGGCUAGUCGUUAAAAACACCGGGCACGACUUCGUCGGUCGAGCGGUCGGCUUGGGAAGUCUUAGCAUCUGGACGCACUACCUGAAAGAUUUCCAAUACCUGCCCCGUUACCAGGUUGGCGAGUACAGGGGCAAGGCAGGCAGAGUCGGUGCCGGUAUUGAGAGUUGGGAGAUGUUUUCCCAGAUGGACAAGUACAAUGCCACGUUUGUGGUAGCCGGAGGUUACACCGUUGGGGCUUAUGGCGGUUGGAUGGCCGGCGGUGGACACUCCGCUUUGGCUUCCAAGUACGGCUUAGGCGCCGACCAAGUUCUAUCUCUUCAAGUGGUUACAGCUGACGGCAGGUUCGUCACUGCGGAUCCGAACCAGAAUACUGAUUUAUUCUAUGCUCUGCGUGGCGGCGGGGGGAGCACUUUUGGCGUCGUGACUUCAGCUACAGUCAAAGCCCACCCCUACACAACAAUACUCGCCACUUCCAUAAGCUUUUCAACAGGUGGGGCUAACGUCUCCGUUGAUCCUGGCGACAUCGAGAAUUUCUGGAAGGGUUUCGAUUUGUAUCAUGAGUUCGGCAAAAAGAUAGUCGAUAAUGGCGGUACAGCAUAUAGUUACAUGUCGCGUAUGACGUCUAGCAACGACAGCUACAGCUUCAUGACGGAUGUCGAGCUCCCCAACGUAUCAGAAGAAUACUUAUCCGCAUUCGUACAGCCUCUCCUCGACGACCUGCGAGCAGCCGGCCUCAACGUAACCACGCGGGCGCCGUACCCAGCGACUAACUGGUUGGCCUCGGCUAGAGCAGGCAUCGGCGACACCCCAGGCAGCUCCCGGUUCGCCAGCCGCCUGCUCCCGCGCGCCAACUUCGAGGACCCGGAUCUGUUCCAGGCAACGCAGCUCGCGCUGCGCCAGUCCAUCGAGGAAGGGUACCGGUUCCACGGCAUCCACCUGCAGCCCACCGAAGCCGUGGCCGGCUACCCGGGCGCCGGAAACGCGGUCAACCCGGCCUUCCGGAAGGUGAUCAUGCACGCGGACCUGUUCGACAACACGGCCAUCAGGGGCCUGUCGCCGAUGGCGUGGAAGGAGACGCACGCGCGGCUCGCGGGCGCGAUGGAUAGGUGGCGGGCUGUGACGCCGGGGGCCGGGGCGUACAUCAACGAGUGCGAUGUCGAGGAGCCGGAGUGGCAGCAGGCGUUCUUCGGGAGCAAUUACGAGAGGUUGUUGGAGAUUAAGCGGGCUAGGGAUCCGUGGGGCGUGUUUUACGCGCCGACGACGGUGGGGAGUGAGGCGUGGGUGGUGAGGACCGAGGAUGAUAUGCCUACGCAGAAUGGGCUGCUUUGUAGGGUUGGUUCUGGGAAGGCGAAGAGGGAUGGGAUGGGGAUGGGGGUGUGAGGGAAGGGGGAAAGGUACGAAUGACAAGACUGAAGCCUUUGCUUUUUGGGAGUUAUUGUCACCUUCAUAGCUUUCUAGGUACUAGGCACCCAGUUUUUGUGACAUCUUGUGUCCCUAUCACUAGCUAGGAACGUAGGUAUGCAUGUAAGUAGUGAUAUGAAGAGUUGUAUAUGAAAUUUCAUAAACAGCAAGCUUGUUGAACACUGACUAUACUACGAAGUAUAUGGCUGCGUAUGAGGCAUGUAUCGCCAACGGUUGCCUCGCUAUGAGAUAUGGUGUUGAAUUUGUAAGGAGGUGAGU